GAAAAACUAAGUUUUUGUGGUGACACUGCCCAGGCACUCUGAAGCACAACAGGCUGCCUUUGAGAAAGGACUCAGAGAUCCUCAGGGCUGCGCUGCAAGGCUGAAGGGCUGCAGAAGAACGCAAGAAGGACCAAGCAAAGCCAUGAUAUUUCCGUGGAAAUGUCAGAACCCUCAGAGGGCAUUGUGGAACAUCUUCAAGCUGUGGGUCUGGGUAGCACUCUUUUGUGAUUUUCUGAAAUAUCAUGGAAUCAGCUGUUGGACUUAUCAUUAUUCUGAAAAACCCAUGAACUGGGAAAGGGCUCGAAAGUUCUGCCAAGAAAAUUACACGGAUUUAGUCGCCAUACAAAACAAGGGGGAAAUUGAGUAUUUGGAAAACAUGCUGCCCUUUAGUCGCUCUUACUACUGGAUAGGAAUCCGGAAGAUAGGAAACGUGUGGACAUGGGUGGGAACCAACAAGUCUCUCACUGAAGCAGCGGAGAACUGGGGAGAUGGGGAACCCAACAACAGGAAGUCCAAGGAAGACUGUGUGGAGAUCUACAUCAAGAGGCUCAAAGACUCGGGGAAAUGGAAUGAUGACUCCUGUCAAAAACGGAAGGCAGCCCUUUGCUACACAGCUUCCUGCCAGCCUGAAUCAUGUAGCGGCCAUGGAGAAUGUGUGGAAGUCAUCAAUAACUACACUUGUAGCUGUGAUGAGGGGUACUAUGGGCCCCAGUGCCAGUUUGUGAUUCAGUGUGAGCCUUUGGAGACCCCAAUGCUGGGUACCAUGGCCUGCACUCACCCUUUGGGGAAUUUCAGCUUCUACUCUCAGUGUGACUUCAACUGCUCUGAGGGAACAAAGUUAAUUGGGGUCAAAGAGACCACUUGUGGACCGUUUGGAAACUGGUCAUCUCUAGAACCAGCCUGCCAAGUGAUUCAGUGUGAGCCGCUCUCAGCACCUGAUUUUGGGACCAUGGAAUGUCAUCAUCCUCUGGCUGUCUUUGGAUUUACUUCUACAUGCACCUUCGACUGCUCAGAAGGAUCUGACUUAAUUGGGAAUAACCAAACUGUGUGUGGAUCAUCUGGACUCUGGGAUAGUCCUAGCCCAAAAUGUCAAAAGGUGGACAGAAGUUUCUCCAUGAUCAAGGAGGGCAGUUAUAACCCCCUCUUCAUUCCUGUGGCAGUCGUGGUUACUGCAUUCUGUGGGCUGGCAUUUAUCAUUUGGCUGGCAAGGCGACUCAGAAAAGGAAAGAAAUCUCAGAAAAGCAAAGAUGACAUAUUAAUUCAACCUCUGUGAAUGAAAAUUCCUGGCGUAUAUGGUAAGGAAUCACUGGAUCCCUCAAAGGCAUCCAAGAGAAGAUGAAAUGUGUUUUCUUCAUUGCACUUGGAAAAGGUUCCGUGUGACCAACAGUUCUUUGUGUUCCUGCUUUUCCUCUCAUCCAUCACCUAGCCCCACCUCAGAAUGACUUAUAUAGCUUAGUCUUUUAGCCUAUUUCCUGUGAAAAGAAAAA